UACGACGCCUCAAUCAUCAUAUACAGAGUCUCUCUCUCCCGUCCCGUCAAAUUGUUUCCCUUCUCUCUUUCAAAACUUCCCACCAAGUUAUCUGCAGCGCAGGAUGUUCCCGGCUUCCUGAAACCCUAGCCUCCGGCGGCCGCCAUGUCGCCGUGCGGCGACGGAAAACGCGCUAGGGGCGGCCCAUGCACUUGCGCUUCUCUCGACACCGGAGGCGAUAUCGACGACGGCGGUCUCGAAUUGAACGACAAUCGUAGCUGCUCGCAUUGCAGACGCUCCGAUCUUCCUUCGUCCUCGUCCUGCGGAUCUUUGCUCAGCUUCGAUACCAUUCCGGUGAAGGACUAUGAUAAGCUGUCGAGGAUCAUCAAUGCCUCCGUGAAAGGUUUCACUAUUGGAGCUGGUCUGAAAGGUGGCCUCGCUCUCUUCGCCGUACUCGCUCGCUUCAGACGGAGACGAUUAUCCACCCCUGUAAGGAAGGUCGGAAUGGCUUCGAGCAGUGAGGAUGUGAUUUUGGCAGUCAAAGAAACUCUUCGAUAUGGCCUAUUCCUUGGCACCUUCGCUGGUACAUUUGUUUCUGUGGAUGAAAUUAUUGCUACUUUGGGAGGACACCGCAGGACUGCAACAUGGAGGGCUUUGUUGGCGGGUGCUGUUGCAGGACCUUCGAUGCUUCUGACUGGACUAGAGACGCAACAUACAAGUUUGGCCAUUUACAUACUCAUGCGCGCUGCUGUCUUGGCAUCACGCUGCGGAAUCAAAGGCAAGCGAUUUGGGCGCAUUUGCAAACCUCUUACUUGGGCUCAUGGGGAUAUUUUCCUGAUGUGUCUUUCCUCUUCCCAAAUUUUGUCUGCUUAUAUACUGAAGCAGGAUAGUUUGCCUCCAUCCUACAAAUCUUUUCUCAAUAAACAUGGUGGAAAGGAUCCUGUUAUCCUGCAGGGUGUGAAAGAAAUAGCAUGUGGCAUGCCUUUUACCAAUUUGGAGGUCAUAGAGAAGUACUACAAGGCCACAGGUGUGGACAUGAAACUGGAUCCGCAAAUGAAAGUCCCAUGCUCGAUUAUUCAUGGAAAACAAUCAUGUGGUGAACACUUCAUUUCGUUUCUUCUCCAAGCCUACAAAAGAGCCUUACCAGUUUAUCUUCCAGUUUAUUUGAUCCCUGCACUAAUAGUUCAUCGGAAAGGUCUCUUGAAAAGACCUUGCACAAUCUUGGGGAAAGGUCUUCUCGGUACUGCAAGAUCAAGCUUGUUUCUGUCCAUUUAUUGUUCAUCUGCCUGGAUGUGGACGUGCUUCCUGUUCAGGCUAUUCAAGAUGUGUAACAUUCCUAUGGUGGCUAUGGGAACGUUCCCAACAGGCCUGGCCUUGGGUAUCGAGAAGAAAAGCAGACGGAUUGAGAUAUCGCUUUACUGCUUUGCUCGGGCUAUCGAGAGCUUCUUCACAUGCAUGGCUGAUGCAGGAUAUGUACCGCCCUCAAAGAGAGUGAAGAGAGCUGAUGUACUAGUUUUCAGCAUUUCAACCGCGAUUAUCAUGCACUGCUAUGCCAUGGAGAGGGACGUCUUUCGAUCCAAGUACCUAAACGUUCUUGAUUGGGUUUUUGGGGUGCCCUUAUCGCCACUUGAGACACCACGCAAGCUAAGCUAAAUGUGAAGGGCAUUGGAUUCCCAGAGAGGUUGCAGUUGAAGUGAACCUAAAAUGGCAUCAAGUUUUAGUGAUGAAGAAUGGUUAAUUUAUAUUUUGUCAAAUAAUAUUGAAGUAGAUAAGAUCAUAAUAUAGACUUUUUGUUUGCUUGUUUAUCGAUGUAUUCUUUCAACUUAUUUGUGAGAAAUAGGACUGUGUUAGGUUA